CUCACUUCGAUCGGAUUCUGGGACGACUGUCGGGUUUUCCGUGUUCUACCAGGAUUUGUGUGUCAGUUUGGAAUCAAUGGAAAUCCUACUGUUCAGCAAGAAUGGCGGGGGAAGAAUCUGUCCGAUGAUCCAGUUCGAGUCUCGAACGAACGCGGAACAGUUGUCUUCGCAACCGCCGGUCCAAAUUCACGAACCACGCAAAUCUUUAUCAACACGCGUGAACAGGGCAAUACGUUCCUGGACAAGCAGGGCUUUGCGCCCAUUGGCAAAGUAAUCGAAGGUAUGGAUGUCGUGGAUCGCAUGUACGCCGGGUAUGGCGAAGGUGCUCCUGCUGGAAAGGGGCCGAAUCAGGGUCGCAUCCAAUUGCAGGGAAACUCCUACUUGAAAGAAAGCUUUCCCAAGCUUACCUACAUUUCCAAGGGAAUUCUUUCUUCCUAA